AUGUCGAAAUAUAUAUAUUCAAAUGAUUUAAGUCAGGGAGCGUAUUUUGCUGAUGAACCUCGAAAAUCUCAUGGUUACACAGCUGCUGAAGGAACAGAUCAAACUCGUGUUAUGUUUUAUAAUAAAGUUUUAUUGGGUGGAGAAUCAAUACAAAAUACAACAAAUAACUCCUUAGCUGCAGCUCCAAAAGAUCAUCAUUCUGUCCGAGGAAUACAAUUCCAGUAUACUGAAUAUAUUGUUUAUCGUUAUGGACAAGCUUUACCUUAUUUGAAGAUUGUUUACAAAUCUUCAUUCUUGAAAAAUAUCGCUUUUUCAUAA